AUGAAUUCGGAAUCGGGGAGAGAUGCUAACCCAGGGCCUUCCACGGAGUCGGAGCAACAAUUUUCUGGUCCCCCACAGCGCGCUCCUGGACCGGAUAAUUGUCCCAUCUCCCCUUCUGAGGAAGCCGAAGAGCCAUCACAAGAGAGAAGUCCUGAAUUUUGGAUGAGUCCAGAACGAACAACCCUCUACUUUGGAGACUGGGUUCUCGCCAAGACUAGCAAGCAUGCGAAGCCAUGGCCCGCAAGGAUCGAGUUCGUCAACGGCGAUCUCUGUCCGACUCGACGGCAGCACCGGCUCCCGCAUAUGGGCACAGUACCCUAUGACCUCGACUUCAAAUGGCCAGUGUUCUUUUACGGAACUCAUAACGUUGCGUGGGUUUCCGACCGCAACCUAAAGAGAAUGAUAAAGGAAGAAAAUCCAAUUCCUGAAUUCGACCCCAAGCUCCAGUUUGGUACACGAUUCGAAAGGGCCGUCUUCGAAUUUUACGCCACUCCUUGGGUUGGUCUGGAGGAGUGGUCAGAUCCUGAGCCCCGCUGGGAAGAUUCGGUGAAGGAUUUUAAGAAAAAAAUCCAAUCGCCACGAUUGAUAGGCUGGGCGAAGCAGAUACCGCCUCACGACAAAUUCAUACCCGAGCAUUGGAAGAAUCAUAUUCGAGUUGAGUCAGAGACCGGAGAACAGCCCGACGAAGAUGGAGAUCCAGUACAAGUUAAAUACCAAGAAGCGAUCUUCAAGCUCAUUGACAUGGAACCUGGGGACAUCAUCGGGGCAGUUUACCCAGACCACAACAACGAUAUGGACUUCUUCAUAGGAAACGAAUCAAAAUAUAUUGAUUAA